AUGGAUUCAUUCUUCAAACGUGGAUUUUCAUUGUUUGUGCUUCUUUUCAAACUAAUCGGAGCUUCUGACGAAUAUUUUGAAGAUUUGUUUGAAAGUAACUCAAUUUUGGAUCGAAAUGCUAUAAAUAUUGAUGAUUACAAAUGGCCCAAUGCGAAAAUUCCGUACAUUUUUAGCGAAGAUUAUUCUCAUUUUGAUCGUUUUAAAGUUUUGCAUGCCAUGUACGAAAUAGAAAAAGAUACAUGUGUGGAUUUUGUUGAGUACCGCGAAGAAAAUGACACUUAUAUAAAGUUCGUAAAAGCAGGGGGAUGCGGAAGUCAAAUUGGAUAUCGAAAAAAUGUAGAUGUCCCAAUGGAAGUAUCUUAUAAUCAACAUUGCUUAGAAAGACCAGGCGCCAUCAUUCAUGAGCUUUUACACGUUACGGGAUUAUUUCAUGAACAAUGUCGACCAGAUCGAGAUGAACAUAUUAAAGUUUUAUGGGACAAUAUUAAACCACAAUUUCGUCAAAAUUUCAUUAAACUUCCUGCCGAUUUUGCAACAACUUUUGACUUACCGUAUGAUUUCAAAAGUCUCAUGCAUUAUCCGAGAAAUGCAUUCUCCAAACAAGCUGAUCUUUUCACGAUGGUAGCUCUCAAUGACACAGAAAUGGAAUUAGGUCAAACAGAAGGCCCAUCAUUCCUUGACUUGGAAAAAGUACGAAGAAUGUACAACUGUUCAAAAAAUGACAACGACAACAAAACAUCGAUGUGA